AUGUGGAAGCCCCAGCAGCAGCAGCAGCAGCAGCAGCCACAAACGGGGCUGCGAUGCGGGGCGCGGCUGGUGCCUUGGCGGCAGAGGCUGCUGCUGCUGCUGCUCCCCGUGCUGCUACUGCUGCUGCUGCUGCAGCUAGCUGCCUCGCAUGCAGUCCGCGUCAGUGCAAAGGGGACGUGGGCAUUUGCAUCUCCGUCUGCUGCUGCUGCUGCUGCUCCUGUUGCUGUUACUCCUGCUGCUGCAAUGGCGCUGCGCAUGCAGCAGCAGCAGCAGAAGAAGAAACAAAUAGGCAGAAAACAUCCUCCAGCGGAGCAAGUUCGGCGGCAGGAAAUGCUGCUGUGGCAGCAGCAGCAGCAGCAGCAGCUGCGGCGGCAGCAGAGGGUUCUCUGGGGUGCAGCCAACAGCAGCAGGGGCAGCGGCUCUUUUGAGACUCAGUUACUGCAGCUGCUGCAGAGUGGAGAGCGGCGCACUGCCCGCCGCAAGCAGCAGCAGCAGCACCAAAAGCAGCAGCAGCAGCAGCAGCAGCAGCAGAAAGGCCACGCGCAACGGUCCAGCCUGCAUGGUGUGAAGUCGCCACAGCAGCAGCAGAAGCACCAACUGCAGCAAAGGCAGCAGCAGAAGCAGCAGCCACAGCAGCAGCAGCAGCAGGGCGUUCCAGCAGCACAGCGUGGCCUUGGCAGCAAAGAAGAGGCCCCGAGCCGCAACAGAAAGCCUCAGGAGCUGCCGAAUGAUAUAGCAAAGGCAGUUGCAGCAGCAGCAGCAGCAGCUAAUGCUGCUGCUGCAGCAGGAAAGGAGCUGCCAGUCCUCUUCCCGGGGAUCAGGGCCAUUCCUCAGCAGCAGCAAAACAAGCAGCAUCAGCAGCAGCAGCAGCAGCAGCAGGUGCUAGUCGAUGGCGUGGUCGAUUUGAACACCUUGCCCCACAUCUCGCCAGAGUCCCUCGGACUGCAGCAGCAGCAGCAGCAGCAGCAAGAGCAGCAACAGGAUGGAACUGCUGCCGGCGAAAACAGCAGCAGGGCCGAGGACUCUUUGCUGCUGCUGCAGCCUUCCUUGAGGCGCUCUUUGCUGCGCGGCGGCAUCAGUUGUCUUUCGCCGCUGCAGCGUGCUGCGCUACUGUGGCAGCAGCAGCAGCAGCAGCAGACCGCAGAGGACGGGGGCAGCAGCAGCAAAAGCAGAUGCGACAAUGUGCUGCUGCUGCCGGGCCCCACAGGCAGCGGGAAAACGCUGGCCUACGUACUUCCCAUUUUUCAGCAGCUUCUAGCGCAUGCAGAGGAGCAGCAGCAGCGCCUCCAGCAGCAGCAGCAGCACCUGCAGCACCUGCGGCAGCAGCAGCAGCUAAUGCAGCAGCAGCUGCGGCUGCCGCAGCAGUAUCAGCAGCUGCCACAGCAAGAAGUGCCCUUGCAGCAGCAGCAGCACCAGCACCAACAGCCACAGCAGGAGCAUGAGCAGCAGCAGCAGCAGCAGCAGCAGCCGCAGCAGCAGCACGUGUGCGCCAGCGUGUCUCGCGUGAAGGGAGGCAUUAGGGCGCUGGUUUUGGCCCCCACGAGAGAAGUGGCAGCACAAGUCUACAGACUGUGCUGCAGCCUCAGCAGCGAGGUGCAGCAGCAGCAGAAGCUGCUGCAGCAGCGACACGCUGCUGCUGCUGCUGCUGCCGACGGCGCCACAGCUGCUGCUGCUGUCGCUGCGGGCCCGUGCUGCUGUGCUGCUGCAGUGAGGCCCGCGCUGCUGAUUGGAGGCGCAAACCCGCAGCUGCUGCUGCUGCGGCUGCGACAGCAAAAGGCAAAUGUGCUUGUUGCUACGCCGGGCCGCCUGCUGCAGCUGUUGCGCCUCAAGGCAGCGAUCCAGCAGCAGCAGCAGCAGCAGCAGAAACGACCCAAGGGGACCGGAGCCUUGCAGCUGCAUGCGCUGCAGUUUGUUGUUGUGGAUGAGGCAGACGCGUUCUGCAGCAGCAGCAGCAGCAGCAGCAAGAGCAGCAGCAAAGUCAGCUCUAGCAAGGUCGCGAGCAGCAAGAGCGGCGGCAGCAACGCCAACAGAACUAGCAUUGGCAGCAGAAGCAGCAGCAACUGCAGCAGCAGCAGCAGCAAGGCAAGGGAUCGCUUUGGCGAUCUAACUGAAUUGCUGCAGCGCAGCAUGAGCAGCAGCGGAGGCGGCAAGGGCUCGCCGCUGCUGCUGCUGGCUUCUGCUACUUUGGGGGAGGCCCCGAAGGCGAUAUUGGGGGCCCUUGGGAGGUCUGCUGCUGCUGCUGCAGCAGCAGCUGCUGCCGCUGCUGUUCGUGCUGCAGGCGCAGCAGCAGCGCUGCCCAGCAACCUGCUGCACCUCGCGGUGUCUUCGCAGCACUGCAACAAAGUGGCGCUGCUGCUGCUGCUGCUGCGGGCGGAGCCUUUGAACAAGCGCUGCAUCGUGUUUUGCAGGUCCCCUCUUGCUGCUGAACACCUCCAGCGAGCUCUGGCUCUUCGCUUGGGCCCCAAGAGGUCCCUUUUGCUGCAGGGGGAUGCAGAGGGGCGGGAGCGCCGUGCUGCUGUUGCUGCUAUGCAGCAGCUGCCUGCUGCUGCUACUGCUGCUGCUGCUGCUGCGACAGCCGCCACUGCUGCAGUUCUCGUCGCCUCCGAGACAGCAGCAAGGGGGCUCGAUCUGCCCCUCCUUACCCACGCAAUCAACUUCGAUCCUCCUACCGAUGCACUCUCGCUGGCGCACCGCAGCGGGCGAGUUGGCCGCGCGGGCAAUCCAGGCUGUGUAAUAUCUUUAGUGGCUUCAGCAGCGGAGAGGCUGAAGCUGCAGCAGCAGUACCAGCAGCUGCAGCAGCAGCAGCUGAUGCUGCAGCAGCUGCACUACUGCGUGCCUCACGAGGGAAGACUCUGGCGUGUUUCGGAGCCCUGA